AUGGCGCAGCAGGAGCUGGUCGAAGAACAGGCUCUCUCAUUCUACCAUCGCAAGAACUACUAUCCGGUCAAGAUCGGCGAAGUUUUCAACGGUCGAUACCAAGUUAUUGCAAAACUUGGUUACGGUGGAUACUCGACUGUUUGGCUUGCGAGAGAUAAUAGGUAUUUAUGCAUUUCCAUAGCUAGCGAAUACGUCGUUGUUGAUUUAUAUAUAUAUAUAUAUACUGACACUAAGUGUAGGACAAAGGAGUACAAAACACUCAAAAUUACGGUGCAAACUGAUAAUGUCUUGCGGGACUCCACGCCCCCUGUGGUCAAUGAAGUCAAGAUGCUCAAACACCUGAAGUUAACUGCUGAAGAGAGGGAAGAGACUAACCACCCAGCAUUGAAAUUUCUACGUCUUGCCGACGAGAUUCUAGAGCUUGAUAACCCAGAAACUGGUGGUCAUCAUUACUGCAUUGUUUCGCGACCACAAGGGAACAGUAUCCGCUCCUUGCAGGACCAGUUCCCAGGUGGUAUACUGCCUAGGAUUAUAGUGAAAACAAUAGUCCACCAACUGAUCAUUGGGCUAAAUUGGCUACAUACUUGUGGUGGCGUUGUGCAUACCGAUAUACUGCCCCAGAACAUCCUCAUAAGCAUUGACAAUGACUCAAUUGGCCUGAAAGAGGUUGAAGAACAAGAGACCAAGGAUCCGAGCGUACCCGUUAUUACCAGGGACGGGAUUGGAACUGAGUGCGGUAUAGUCUACAAGUCUCGGCCUACUAGAUUGGAACUGGCAGGUCACCCCGUCCUCACCGACUUCGGCCAGAUGCGACUUCUAGAUGAUGGCGAGUUCAGCGACUGGUGGAUGCCCGAUCUUUACCGCGCCCCAGAGAUUCUCUUGCAGCUCCCCUGGGGUUGCCCGGUUGAUAUGUGGUCUGUUGGCAUCAUGAUUCUCGAACUGAUAGAAGGCCGAAAUCUGUUUGACCCGAUUGAUCACGAGCAUAGGCAGUAUGUGUACCCGCUAGCAAUGGCACAGUACAUAGGCUACCUUGGUCCUCCUCCGCCACUGCUGAUGAGCAAAAGCCCAGUUGUAUCCCAGUACUUUGAUGGUGAUGGAGAGGCGCCGAUACCAAAGAGUAGCCUUGAAGAUUUUGUCACAACCAUUUCAUGUGAUAAGGAGAAAGAGAUGUUCCUACGCUUUAUUCGAAGGAUGUUGACGUGGGAUCCGGAGGAGAGAGCUACAACGAAUGAAAUUUUCACCGAUCCAUGGCUCAUGCUGACCGCUGAAGAGAUGCCUGGCGCGUUAGGGGUACUUGAGUCCUAG